CUAUAGCUACUCUUGGUUGUUUUCUGAACAUUGAGUGUAGAAUAUGUCCUUUUAAAUUGAAAGUUUAUUGUAUAUCGAUGUCAUAUGAAUUGUUUGACGGUCGGAUGCAUCAGUGGAGGGUUUAUUUGACGCAGUGCCGUCAUGCGUCCUUUUUUUGGCUGGAAAUAUUGGUGGGCAGUGAUGGUGGCAUUAGUCUUGAAGACUACAGUAAUGCUCUGCAAUAAAGGUGCAUAGGGAGCAUGCAGCGUCUGUGUUGAAAUGCAGGGAUGGAUCAGACCCAAGGUGACAUGUCUGCCAUAUGUGUACCCAGCAAGAGGAAAAUGCCAAGACCAAAACUAAACCCCCAAACAUCAGGUGUCAUAAAGGAUUUGGGAAAAGAGGCUGAAGGUAGUGGAAUGAAACCAUCCAAAAAUGAGGAAACAAGCUCUCAGAAAAUAAAGAGGACUUACUCCAGAAAAAAGUAUCAUGAUCUCCAGCCUGUGAUUAUGAGACCUACAGAGGAUUCAGGCCACGAGUCAUCUUGCAGUUCAGUUAUUACAUCCAGUCUGAUCAAUGGUUUGGAAAGCCAACCUAUGCACACUGACCACACCAGCAGAAUGAUGGGGGAAACUGAUGGAUCCAGUUCAGAUACUUUAAUAGAUACAGAUUUUAAAUCGAAGAAGCAGAAGAUGGAAGAAGCUCAACGGCCUUCUUUAAAAAAGUACAUUGAGGAAGUAAAGCAAACAGUACCUGUUAUAGUUCCUGUUGCUCAGUUCACUCACAAGAAUCAGAUAACUCACAGCACGCAGGAGCAGAAAUCAUCUCAGUGCACCAAAAAAGAGUCACCUGUUUAUCCGCCAGGAAGUCAGGAGGAGAAAUGGCAGUUGCAGAUUUUGGCAAAGGGUAGAGUAACCUGCCCAAAAUGCAAAAGUGUUGGAAGAAAGACAGUGGAUGGGUUAAAGAAGCACCUGGAAACAUGCAAACUGAAUCCGUUUACAUGUCCACACUGUGGGAAACAACUGAAAACUUCAACUGGAAUGAAGUACCACCUCAUGGCUGACCACAACAACUUGCCCAUUCCAGAUACUGGGAAUGACCUAGUUGACCAAGCAGUGAAGGAGAAACUGCGGAAAGUCCUAAAGAGGAUGGGCAAAUUAAAAUGUUCAAAAGAGGGUUGCACAGGAAGUUUUACUAGUAUAAUGGGUUACGUGUACCAUAUGAAGAAAUGUGGCAAAGAGGCCUCAGAACUAGAGAAACUCUUAAUGAACUGUAAACACUGUGGAAAAGCGUAUCGUUCUAGAGCGGGUCUGGAGUACCACCUCAAGAAUGAACACAGUCCGAUGGCACAAGAAAUUGAAGUAGAGGAGGUAAAGACACAGAAAGAGCCCAUCCCAGAGCGUACACCGAGCGGACGGGCCAAACGCUUGUCAGCGCAGGUGGCCGUGUUCCACCUGAGGGAGAUUGCCAGCGAGGAGCUGCUGAAGGAAUGGCCCAAAAGGAAAGUCCAGCGUGACCUGGUACCAGACGACAGGAAGCUGAAGUAUUCUCGUCCAGGGUUGCCGGCCUUCAGCCAGGAGACUCUGCGGAAGUGGAAGAAUGAAGUCAAACUGCAUAAAAAAGUGCAGUGUCCCAACAAGGGAUGUGAUUGCUUCUAUACCAGCGUAUCUGGUCUAAAGGCUCAUCUUGGGUUAUGUACCUUGGGUGAAUUUGAGACUGGGAAGUAUAAAUGCUUGAUAUGCAAGAAAGAAUUCAACUCUGAAAGCGGAGUCAAGUACCACAUCAAUUCUAUUCAUUCUCAGGACUGGUUUGUUGUUCGGUCCAAUUCUAAGAGUUCAAAGUUAGAUAAACUGCACAAGACUCAGCCAAAGGAAGAUUCCAUGAAGUCUCCAGACCUUCCCUCUCCAAAUCCAGCCCUCAGUUUUCCCCAAGUAUCCAGCACCUGGAAGGAUAGACAGACGUCAAUGGCGCCCAUGUCAAGUGGAACAGCAACACCUGGAAAAGUGGAAAUUAAGAGGAAGGAGGGGCGAAACAGACGGAAAGAGAAAGAAAGCAGACAGGAGAAAGACUGCUACGAGUUCAGCGGCAGUGACAGUCCGAGCAGUAGCAGCAGUAGCUCCAGCUCCAGCAGCGAGUCAGAGGCAGAGGACGAAUGGGCCCUCAGAAGGCCCCUCACAAAGUCUGUGUCCAGCCAGCAACCUGGAAGUCAUUCGUAGAUCAUUCUUACUCCUUUUUCAAAAUGGAAUUUUUCCUAUGUUUACAUCCAAAGAUUCAGUAUCACAUGAUCCUUCAGAAAUCAUUCUAAUAGGCUGAUUUGCUGCUCAAAAAACAUUUACUAUUCUCAUCAACUUUGAAAACGGUUGUAUUGCUCAAUAAUUUUGUGUGAUGCUUUUUUUCAGGAUUCUUUGAUGAAUGGAAAGCUCAAAAGAUCAGCACAUUGUAAAUGCCUGUACUGUCACUUUUGAUCAAUUUAAUGCAUCCUUGCUGAAUAAAAGUAUUUCUUUCUUUUUUUUUUAUUUCUAGCUCCAUCAUAUGCAAACAGUAGUGUUUGUAUUUAUAGGAUGUAGAAUUGUGUUUCCCUUUUUAUUGACAGGAAGAGCUGAAUAUAUUGAAAGGCCACAGCAAACAUUUAAAAACUUCUCUGUAAGUAAUAUCACAAUUUGACCUUACUAUUUAUUUAAUUGUUGGAAUGAAAUAUUUUAUAUUUUAACAAGUAUAUCUAUGUAUAUUGAAUGUAGUAGACCAUUAUGUUUAUUUUUCUGUAAGCUCUGCCUCAUGCGCUGCACCUCUAAUAAGUUUUACAGUAGACCAAUGACUGACUUAUUGAAACGGUUGCAUGUUACAAUGUUCAUGAAUGCUGCUGUUUUUCUGUGAUAUAUUAAGUGUGAUUCUUCUGACACCACAGACAUGAUACUCUGUAAUACUUGGAUUUGUGACGGUGAUCUAUGCUGCGUUAGCCUUUAAGUAUGAAGGUACAUUGUGCUUCGAAGAAGUGUUCCUGGAUGCCAGGGGAAGAAAAUGAGUGUGUUGUGUUGUGUUGAUUAAAAUGACACAAAAUAAGUUUGUCUACUGAGAUGCAUCAUUAUUUUUUGUAAGACACAAAUCUCUUUUAGAAGUUUUAGAAGACUUCACAUCUGUCUUUAUGAAAACAGAUACUUUUAAAUAUACAUGCACACACAUUAUGUCCUCCUUAGGUAUAAAUGUGUGAAAUGUGUUUCAAUAAUCAAGUCAAAAAAUGUGUAUAUGUUAGCUUGUGACUAUUUUUUUUCUGUGUUCAGCAAUGUCAUAUUAAUACUGAAUAUUAAAUGUACUAUUAAUAACA